AUGCUUACGUCUGUCCAGCCCCGAUCUGAGUUCCGUGGCCCUCAGGCCUCCUUUACCACUUUCCAAAAAGGGGAUUUGUUGGCCUUCAACAGGGAUAUACAGAAACCAGUUCACACCCUCCCGCUAAGGAAAAGGCUUCCUCCAAAGGCGUGGGAUACACAUAUGCAUGUUGUGGAGCCACAUCGGUUUCCAGUGGAUGCAAGUGCAGUCUAUCAACCCUCGACACAUACUAUCGACGAGGCUCUAGCGUUUGAGUCUUCACUAGGGAUCGAGAACAUUGUCCUGGUUCAACCGUCCAUAUACGGAUACGAUAACUCCUGUCUCCUAGAAGCAUUGCAAAGGGUCGGUCCCUCUCGCGGGCGAGGGGUGGUGGUGAUUGAUCCCACUAAUAUAGAUACCCAAACACUCUCCGAAUGGCAUUCAUUAGGCGUGCGCGGGGUGCGAGUGAACCUCAGGUCAGUAGGGAAAGUGAUGAGUCAGGAUGAGUUGGCGCAGACCUUAUUACAACAUGCGGAGGUUGUCCGUCCCUUCGGUUGGGCUAUUCAAGUCUACGUACCCCUCGAUAUGAUCCCACUUCUCGAGCCAAUCGUGCCCCAGCUUGGAGUGAGUCUCUGCAUCGACCACUUUGGCGGCCCGGACCUACUCUCGACGGACUGGACGCACGGAGGGCCAUUCGACCCCUAUUCGCUUCCCGGCUUCUCAUCCUUGGUAUCUCUCCUCCGAGCGGGAGACACGUAUGUGAAAAUCUCCGCACCAUACCGGCUUAGUAAGGACCACGAAAUGCGUGAUAUUGAGGCAAUGGCCCGAGAAGUUCUUCGAGAGGCCCCCGACCGCGUGCUCUUCGCGACGGACUGGCCACAUACUCGGUUUUGGGGAACCGAUAUCGCCCCGUUUACGGAAUUAUGUUUACGGAUCUGCGGGAAAGAUUCCAAGCUGGCCGAGCGGGUGUUUCGUCGGAAUGCCGAGGAGCUGUUGGAUGUUCCGAUGUGGUUCAAUAGUGGCUGCAGAGGUGUGGAGACAGACUACGAUUCACACUAA